GGGUCAGCUGCUGCCGCCGACGCCAUGCCGCUGCGGCCGGGGGAUUGGGCCGGGGUCUCCACCACCGACCAAGGGGAGCGGGCUCCGCUCGGCGCCGCUUUCUGCAACCUGGCCGUCAGCCCCAUGUCGCCUGCCUGGAGGAGCGAGGAGGACAAGGGGGCCAAGUCUUCCUCCGGGGACAUUGGCCCUGUGGAUUAUCAAGAGUUUGUAGUUGACAUUGAAUCCAGGCUGAGGAUGGAAGGUGUGGAACUUAAAGAAGAAUGGCAAGAUGAAGAUUUUCCAAUACCUUUACCAGAAGAUGAUAGUAUUGAAGCAGAUAUACUAGCUAUAACUGGACCAGAGAACCAGCCUGGUUCCCUAUAAGUUAAUGAAAAUAAAGUGAGAAAGAGACUAAUGGCUCCAGACAUUAGCCUGACACUGGAUCCUAGCGAUGGCUCUGUAUUGUCAGAUGAUUUGGAUGAAAGUGGGGAGAUUGACUUAGAUGGCUUAGAUGCACCAUCUGAGAAUAGUAACGAGUUUGAGUGGGAAGAUGAUCUUCCAAAACCCAAGACUACUGAAGUAAUUAGGAAAGGCUCAAUUACUGAAUAUACAGCAGCAGAGGAAAAAGAAGAUGGACGACGCUGGCGUAUGUUCAGGAUUGGAGAACAGGACCACAGGGUUGACAUGAAAGCAAUUGAACCCUAUAAAAAAGUUAUGAGCCAUGGGGGAUAUUAUGGGGAUAGAUUAAAUGCCAUUGUUGUGUUUGCUGUCUGUUUCAUGCCUGAAAGUAGUCAACCUAACUAUAGAUACCUGAUGGACAAUCUCUUUAAAUAUGUUAUUGGCACUUUGGAGCUAUUAAUAGCAGAGAACUACAUGAUAGUUUAUUUAAAGGGUGCAACAACUCGAAGAAAAAUGCCCAGUCUGGGGUGGCUCAGGAAAUGUUAUCAGCAAAUCGAUAGAAAGUUACGGAAAAAUCUAAAAUCCCUAAUCAUUGUCCAUCCUUGUUGGUUUAUCAGAACACUUCUGGCUGUUACAAGGCCAUUUAUUAACUCAAAAUUCAGCCAAAAAAUUAGAUACGUCUUUAAUUUGGCAGAACUAGCAGAACUUGUCCCCAUGGAAUACGUUGGCAUACCAGAAUGCAUAAAACAAGUUGGUCAAGAGCUUAAUGGAAAGCAAGACGAACCGAAAAAUGAACAGUAAGUUUGGCAUCUAGUCCAAAGAAGACUGAAGAAUGUGCUGAUGAAGCAGUGCCGUUUUUGCAUUCAUAAUGCAUUUAUUGGCCCAUAUUUUUAUGUAACCUGUUACAAGAUUGACUUGACUUUUCUUAAUGGACUUUUGUGUUAUGCAAGGUACUGUUCACUGCUGUACUGGUUUGCAAAUCUCUUGAAUUUAGCUCUUUAAUAGCUAACUGUAUUAUCAUUUUAUAUUUUAUAUUGCUAAAUAGCAGAGAACCACACUUUAUAUACAACAGUUUUUGCAUUUGUUUAUUGAAUGACGCAUCAUCUUCGGUGAAAUAUUUAUAUGCAUAAAAGGCAAAGGAAAGAAAUAAUAUAUAUUUUUAUGUUUUUGAGCAAUAUCUUUUAAAGUGUAACUGUCAUGUGGAAGAAAUAUGCAGGUAUAUAAGAGCAUGAUUUUGUAAAGUGCAUAUUAGAAUUUUUGUUUUUGUAAAUGGUUAAAUACAUUUCCUAGGUAACUUAGAAAAUUAAGUUUCUCAUAAGGCAGCGAACAGUUAAACUGAUUCUCAUGAAUACCCAAAGAUCAUGUACAUAAUCAAAGUGUAUUAGUACCAUCCCAAGGUUUUUUUCUCAUUUAACAUACAUUUUUCAUAAUUCAGCAAGUACAAAUGCAGGCGCAUUGCACACUUUUUUCUUUUUAAAGACAAGUCAAAAAGCCAUUUUUAGAACUAGAGGAUUUAAGACAUUAGGAAUGGGGGUUUGUAAAUAUGUAUUAUGGGUCAUUUUAUUUUCUGACCCAAAGUCAGAACUUUAUAAAAAUCUUGAGUUUGUUCACUAAUAUGAAAUAAGCUGUGUGUCCAGGGUAUUGCUCCCCUGAAUGUGUGUGAGUGCUGUGUAGUAUUGCAGAGAAUAUGAUGAGUCAUUCACUGUCACAACUUUUUCUGUAGAAAACAGGGGCUGCUUUUUAAACUGCUCUCACUGUGGGCAUUUUACCAAAAUACUUCCAUAUCAAUUAUUUGAACUCAGUAGUUGUUUGACCUAAUUAGAUGUGGUGUUUGUUCAAAUUUCUAUGAAAUCAUGUUUGACAAUACUGUAAAUUAGGUUAAUUCUGUAAGUCUUAGAGAGCAUCAUGAUAUUGUGCUGUUUUGGAUAACACAUUUGAUACAAGCAUUUAAAUGGUUUCAUUUGGUAAGUACCAUUACAUUGAAAUAAAUUGUAUUUGUGCCUCAAAAAAAAAA